GCAGCCACUUGUCAAACGCAACUUCAAAGGUGGCAACAACAACCACUGCCACCUUGCUGGACACUGCCAAUUCGAGUGACUACCCGUAUGAGUACUUGGACGAGGAAGAUUACAUGCACUAUGGCCUCUGCACAAAAGAAGAGGUACUUUCCUUUAGCAGUGUGUUCUUGCCAUCUUUCUACACAGUGGUCUUCCUGCUUGGGUUGGCUGGGAAUGUCCUCCUGUUUAUUGUCCUCAUUAUGUACAUCAAGAAGAAAAAGAAGAUGACUGAGGUGUAUCUGCUGCACCUGGCGGUUUCAGACUUCUUCUUGCUACUAACCCUUCCUUUUUGGGCUCUGUACAUUUCUCAGGGGGUAACCUGGGACAUAUUGUGCCCGGUCUUAAAUGCCAUGUACACUAUGAAUUUCUACAGUGGUAUCUUUUUGGUGAGCUGCAUGAGUCUGGACAUGUAUCUGCAGAUAGUUCAUGCUUGCUCUCCUCACAGCUCCAUGACGUGGGGGAAGUCCAUCCUCGUCUUAUUGGUGGUGUGGGUCCUUUCCAUACUUCUGUCCAUUCCUGACGGCCUCUUCACCACCACAAGGCAAAUGCACAACAAAACCAUCAUGUGUGCCCAUGAUUAUGGCCAGAAACACUUAUUUUGGAAAAUUGUCUUUCGGGUCAUUCAAAACCUCCUGGGUUUCCUUUUUCCCUUCCUCUUCAUGGUGUUCUGCUAUUCCCGCAUAGCACGUGUCCUCACCACAUCUCAGAUGCCUGGCUCAAGGAGAGCACUCUGCUUAGUCUUUACUCUGGUGGGUGUCUUCUUUGUCCUGUGGUUGCCUUACAACAUUGUCCUCAUUCUUCACUCCCUGCAAGAUGUUGGUGUGAUCAGGAACUGUGAAAGCAGUAGGCAAUUGGACUACGCCAUGCAGAUCACAGAGAGUUUGUCCUUUCUCCACUGCUGUCUCAACCCCUUGCUCUAUGCUUUUGUGAAAAAAAGAUUCAGGUUAUAUUUAUGGAAGAUCCCUGAGGCCAUUUGCAGGAGAAGCGCUUUCUUUGACAUCCAGUCCUCAGAGACAAGCCAGUCUUGCAACAGAUACACAGCUGAUAUAGAAAUGUUGAGUAUCACAAACGCAUGA